AUGCGUUCUUUCUUCACAUGGUCUUUGUUGGCAGCAGCCUCUCUGCUUCCCUCCACUUUUGCAGUCCCCCUUCGUCGCCAAGCAAUCGGCGUGCCGGUCCAACCAGGAGAUGUAUCCGACAUCAUCAUCAGCGAGUCCAACACCCUGAAUGGCACCUUCCCUGGAAACAAGCCGCCUCAGAUGCACCCCUUCGCCGCCGAGCCCGAUCUACGCGUCGAUCUGGUCAACACUUUGGGCGGCGCCGUCAAUGCCUACAUCGCGGCCCAAGAUCCACAGGGCCGCGUCAUGUUCCUCCUCGCCAACGGAAACUGGUUCUACCCAACCGCCAGCGACCCCAACGUACCCCAAGCUAUCCCGCAGAAUCUGGCUAUCCCUCUGGGUCCGGAAGGCUCCACCACUUCCCUCAGGUUGCCGGGUUUCUUCAGCUCUGGUCGUAUCUUUUUUGCCGCUGGCCAGCUCCAGUUCUACACGCUUAGAGACGCUUCGAACGGCGCCGCUAAGCUCGUGAUGCCGGACCCGCUGAAUCCCCGCGAUCCAUCAGCCGGCGUCUUUUGGGGAUUUGCUGAAAUGACUUAUAGCGCUCAGGGCGGUCUGUACGCCAAUCUCUCCUUCGUCGACUUCGUCGGCCUCCCCGUUGGCCAACGCCUAACCACCACCGACGGCGCGCCCCCGCAAAUCGUCCUGGGCCUGGCCCGCGAUGCCGCAAGACAAGUCUGCAACGCCAUGGUCUCCCGCGCCCGCCAAGACAACCAGCCCUGGGAUCAGCUCUGCCAGACCGACGCCAACGGCAACAUCCUCCGGGUCGACGCUCCCGGCAAGUACAUCGCCGCCCACGGCGGCGGCUUCGACAACUACUGGACCUCGUACGUUGACCAAGUCUGGGCCCGCUUCGCCUCCGAGCCCCUCAUCAUCAACUCGCAGAACCACCUGGGCGACAUGCGCUGCUCCACGACAUCCGGCCAGAUCGUCUGCCCGGGCGGCAGCCGCAGCUUCGCCAAGCCCUCGGCCCUCGACAUCUUCGGCUGCCAGGGCGUCUUUGGCAGGCAAGACGGCGACAACGAUGUCAUCCUCGCGGCGACGCCGCGCAUCUGUGCCGCUCUGCAGAGAUCCACGCUGUUGCUGGAGGGAGGGCAGCGUCAGCCGCAGCUGCCGGUCGGGCGCUACUACUUGAAUAGCCCGACUAAUUGGUACGCGAAGGCGACGCAUGAUGCGGAGCUGGAUGGCAGAGGCUAUGCGUUUGCGUACGAUGAUGUGAACCCCGAUGGUGCGCCGGAUGCGAGUGGCGCGGUCGUCAGCCCUAAUGCCGAUGUCUGGACGCUGUUUGUGGGUGGUUCACGCUAA